UAUGAUUUUUAUCAGUGGAUUAUUAAGGAGGGACGUGUCUAUCAGGCCAAUUGUCCGCGCCGUGCUUCACUCCUCAUGCAUUCGAUGGGGAAGCUGGUGGUAGGAGGGGCGGCGUGCGCACCGCGGGGCCCACAGGGCUGUAGUGUGAGGGAGGACGUCGGCCAGAGUGUGCAGCAGGGCCAGUGGAGCUGGUGGUGGCGCGGGUGAGUGGAUGGCGGGCAGACGCUCCCUGUCGAGGCUGAACGGGGCACACUGAGGAGACUCAAAACUUUUCAGAACAAACAGAGGCAAUGGAUGCUGAGCGUCAGCUGUCAGUGGCAUCCUCGCUGUAAUCCAGUCACUGACGUUUGGCAAAAAUAAAAUUAAAAUAACUUUUCUGAAACAGUGAGCGAGAUGAAACUAUGAUUAAAGUUCUGCCGCGGCUGUGUUUGUACUGCUUGUGUAGUGAGACGCGGCCUGGCGUGAGUGGCUGAAGUAGCGACGACUACAAAGCUUCGUCCAGUGGUGCAGCAGGCCGGAGGACAGACGUGGGUGUACUACACACAUGUAAAAAGAAAGUUUAAUGACACUGCAUUUGAGUGUCAGUGUCCCGGGUGUCAACACGCUCGUCGACCCAGCCAGUCAGGGUCAGGAUGAUGGAGUGCCCUUGGAGUGCUUGGUAUGUCGAAGACUCGUAAAGGCGUUGCCGGGAUCACGUGAGGACAACUCUUUCAUUCAAUGUCCCAGGAGAAAAAUGAAGCGCAGGCCUGAGGGAGACGCGGCAGCCUGUGGUGUGAUAGCGAAGUUUGUGUGUGCAGGACCCACCGGACUCGCCUUCCUUCGGAGAUCAAGGGGAAGGCAGAGGAAGUACUAAGAGAGGAAGGAGCGAAUGGAGGAGCAUGAGACCCUAGUGGAGGAAGGAAGAGUGAGGAGCGACCACUCCGUCUCGCUUGGUGAUGUGACGUGAAUGAACAAGAACUUAAAAAAAAAAAAAAAGAGGAAAGAAAAAAGGAAGACAAAAUUCUGAACCUCCUGGUGCCCUUUGCUCCCCGCAUGAGGAUGUGCCGCUGACUGGCCGGCGGCGUGAGCCUUUCCUACGAGUGUACGAGGAAGCGAGACAGAGGCGAGGACACAAACCCACGGGAGGAGUAUGUAAGGCGUCAGGAGGCGAGGAAGGGGCAGGUAGUGAGCGACCAGCCUGCCUCGCCCUCCUCGCGGGACCACCAGUCAUGGCCGCGCCCUCCACUCCUCCACGCAGCGCCACUCUAAGCACGAUUGGUAAACUCGCGCCGGACAGCUGACGAGACACGCUGCGUUUCCCACCAGGCAAGCAGGCGCGGCGUACCAUGAGGGCUGGCGGCGCGGCGAGGCUGGGGCGAGGCCGGUCAGGAGGCGUCUGGUGGCCCAUUGCAUGACCCCGUUCGCCCCUCAUCGCCGCAGCCAUGGAGUCGAGAGCCAUCAUACCCCCCACCCUGCCCACUUUCGGCCACGCCACUGUCUACGUCUAUCCCACAGUGGCCCCGCGGGUAGUGGUGGUGCCCAUCAUCACCUGCAUCAUUGGCUUCCCUGUCCUGGUGAUGCUCGUGAUCUGCGCCCUCAGGUACCGGGCGAGGAGGGCACGUAUCAACGCCAAGAAUGCGCACAGCGUGGAGUCUUCGGCAUCGGCGCUCGAGCUCACCUCUGGGUCCUCCAUCCUGGCCAGCCGAUGUACAAACGGUAAAGCUCAUCGCUUGAAGAAGAGGAAGAAAGCCCUUGUAAGGUUCAAACCCAUGCCUGAGAUCGACCUAGACACCGUGGUGGAAGAGAAGUCAGAGUUCGAUGCCGAGGUGACGGCUUCUGACCUGCUGACCACCCCCGAGGAGCUGGUCAUUCCAGAGGAGACCACGCCGCCAGCCUCCUUCAGGGCCUUCAGGUACAUGGGGGCCGUCAGCCAGCCGCUCGCUGCCAUUUCCCCUAACAAGACCUCGCCCUUCAGAUCCCAGCAUCUUGACCAGGUCGCCGAGGAGCUGGAACUCUGCGAGGACGUGAUGCUGGAGGUCAGCGAUGAUGAACAGCUUGAUGAAUUUGACGAGGACGAGGAGGACGAGGAGGACGAGGAGGAUGACCUUGAGCUUGAUUUAGACGCCAUCGAAGUGGAAGGUGUGUGUUUAGAGGUCGAGGAGGGCGAGGAUCAGAUGGAGGACAGCGACAAUGGCACGCUUGGUACUUGUUUCACGCUCUCGCCCAAAUCGUCGACGAAGUCUCCUACGGGGGUGCAGUUAGCCCUCAAGAAGCUCGAUGGUGCCAUAAAGCGGCGCCACUCUAGUCCAGUCAAAGUCAACUAUGGGAAGAAUCGGGGCCACCAGCAACGCUCCUCAGCCAAGGCAAACUAUACUCAUCCUCAGGUGAAAGAAGAGGAAAAUGCACUCAAACCCCCUCCUCUGAAGUACGAUAUUGACUACAUCGACCGCGAGCUGAUGCCGCGAUUCUCGCCGCGUCGCUCGCACUCCGUCAAGUACACCAUGAGCCGGCGGGCCACCUCCUUCACGGGCAAGAAGCGUCACGGAGAAUCUUUCAAGUUAAGAAGUAAAAGCUUUUCCAGAAGCAUUUCUCACGUUCACGACGGACCGGACGGUAGACCGAGAGGUCAGCCGAGAAGUGCAUCAACGUCACAGGAGUUCCAUAACGGUGUUAUGGAGUGCGAUGUCCACAUCGUGAACGAAUAUGGUGCUGAGAUGAGCUCGAGCAGCUGUAGUGACAGGUGCAUCAGUGGCGGCACGAGUACUAAAAGUGUGUCAGACGGAGACACUUUUCUCAACGGUAGCGAGACAGACUGGUCGGUGUCCUCCCGGGAGUGCCACAAUCCGGUGAGGGCCACGGUGUCUCUGCCGAUAAGAACCAGCAGGAAAGACUCGGACAGUCCCGUAAAGAGGGUGGUGCAGUGCUCGAGAACUGCAUGUGGUGAGGAGGGUGCGUGUAGGGGUGUGUGUAGAUUGCCAGCGUCUAAUUCCAUAGACAGAGGAGAAAGUCAGUGCCAGACGGACAAGGCUGUGCAUCCUCUUUCUGAUGUUGCAGAAGGGAGAGAGGAUGGCGGCCAAGACCAGCAGCAGGGUGUGGCGGGCCAGGACGAGGAGCGGAGCACUCUGGUCUGACAGCGUCGCCCGGCACCAGGCGGCCCUGGGGCAUGAGUGCUGUGAUGGAUUUUAUGGUGUUAAGGUUCACUUUGUAACAUAUUGUCUGCGAAAGCCUCAAGCUUAGAUUUUACACUAUAACCUUUUGUUUUAGGUCAUUGUAAAAAUGAAAAACAAAAAAACACAUCUUCCAGUACAUGUAUAGUGUAAAUGGUUCCUAGUUUUUUAUUUAUGAAGAACUGGAAUGAAGCCAAAUGAGAGGCCGCCGGGGAGAAGCUUGCAUCACCACCAGCCACGGUGCGAGGCCCGGCAGGGGGCGUGACGCUCCCUGUGCUCUAAUUAAUCUUUUUCUCUUUAUUUCUCUCUUUGAUGAUCAAAUGAAUAUUUCUGUUAUAUAACGAAGGUCAAAUCUCCCCAUCUUACCCCUCACACACACACACACACACACACACACACACACACACACACACACACACACACACACACACACACAUACACACUCACUAAACUUCUUCACAUUCUGAUUUUGUCAUUUUACCAUUUAUCUACGCAUUGUUUCUUAUUGUUCCUUAAACAUUUGAGUGCUUAUUUAUCAAAGUAUCAAACACAAACUACCUAGCCAAUCAACCAGUCUGCAUACGUACAUAGGAACUUGUCACCUUUUGCUCUCUGCCUUACCUCCCACCCUACUUAAUUAACUUCUUAUUAGUUUUCCCAAUCAUUAUAAUUAACCUACACACACACACACACACACACACACACACACACACACACACACACACACACACACACUAUCUCUAUCCCUUACCAACAGUUUAGCCGGUUUUAUAUAACGUGCUAAUUAAGAUAAAAGAGUGCAUAUAUAUUUUCACUAAAUCUUGGUCAUAACAUUAAGGCGAAAAGAAGUUGUCUGAAUGUUAAUAUAUAUAUAUUCCUGGUCCUCUUUGGCCAUUCCUGCUUCCCUGCUGCCCCUUGCUCGAGUGAGGAGGGAAAGAGUCCAGGGUUUUACCACUUAACUUUCCUCUUUAGGGGCGGACUUACCCCAGGCGCUGUGAGCCCCAGCUGCCCGGGUAUGUACAGCUGCUGGACCUUGGCCAGUAUUCUCUGUCCCUAACACGCGCCCCCCGCCUCGGCCCCACAUACCGUUUCCUGAAGUUGUUUGCUAUGAAUAUCAAUGUAUGUUGUAACUACGUAUGAUGUACUUCGUAGUUCAGGAAGCUGAAUGUAAUAUCUGACCUUGUCGGAACUGGGAAGUCAAAAUUUAUAUCGUCGAUAUUAGUUAUUCUCUGCAAUUCGAAAAGACUUGAUUCUUUAACCGGACAGUUCCAUCUACAAGCGCUGGACAGGUGCGGUGGCACAAAAUAAUGUCAUUAUGCUUGAGGUCCAUUAAGUUAUAGACAUGAGGUGCUGGCAGGUCACUGAUCGGUAAGUUUUGUCUUGUUACAGCAGGUGCAGAUGUGAUUAAAACGAAAAUAUUCCAAGGGACAUGCAGUAUUCUGACCAAUAUUUCUGUUAACGUGUUUAUUUCUAGUCUUCAAAUAUAUCAAAGGAUCGAUGGAACCGACAGACACAAACAUUUCGACCAUAGAUGUGGUGGGGGCCGCGUGGAGGAGGUGUGGCGCGGGGAAUACUUUUCAAAGUCCUCCCAACCAAGAUGUAUCGAAUUGUUUCAGGUGAAGGUGACCAUUAGUUGCCGGCGGCGUCUGACGCCCGACAUUGGCUGCUUUGACUUGAAAUGUUCGCCGUCAGAGGCCGCCGCCCGAUUAUCAUUCGAUUUUUUUUUUUACUGACCUGUGUGGCGUACCAAGACGAUAUAAUUCUCACUGAUGAAAGUCAAACCAUGUCUGUAUUAUGAAUAUUUCCAUUGUUGAUGGUUGAUGUUUGUAUUAUAAUCUAAGUCGCAGCUGGAGAUUGCUGCACCUCUAUGAGAAAAUUACAUUAUAACAAGCUG